AUACAGCAGACACUGGCACCCAAAACACAGAGAGGCACUUCCGGACACAGAAUUUCAAACCAACAUGAAGGUGUUUCUGCUGUUCCUACUGGUAGUUUUUUCUGGUUGCCAAGGCAAUAUUUUGUGGGCAGACCAGCCUCAGUCACAACUGGAACAAGUUAAAGAUGCAUUCUGGGAUUAUGUUGCCAAGGUUUCAACGACUGCUGAAGACAGUUUAGGGAUGAUUCUGUCUGAGCUGGGCCACGAAGUGAAGGUCACAGAGAGCACUAAUGUGGCCAACCAAUAUGCAGUGGCUCUGCGUGGUCAGCUGACUCCACUCGUCCAAGACAUGUUUGCCAGAGUUUCCCAGGAGUCUGAGCUCCUGAGAGAGCGCCUUGAGAAGGAGCUGAGCACUGUGACAGGAGAGCUGGAACCCUAUGCUGAGGAGCUGAGGGCCAAAAUCCAGCAACAGGUGGAGCAGCUGAAGCAGGAAGUGGCCCCUUAUGCAGAUUCCCUGGACACCGAAGCCCUGAAGACCACCCUGCUCCAGAAGAGUGAAGAAUUGAAAGUCAGCCUGGAUGAGAGCAUGAAGGAGCUACAGUCGAAACUGGGUCCAUACACUGAAGAGCUCUGGGAGAAAGUGGACCAACGUUUGCAGGAGUUCAAGGACAACAUGGCUCCUCUGGCUGAGAACAUCCAGAGCCAGAUGAUGCAGAGAGCAAAGAUGGUCCAGCAGAGUCUGGCACCUUAUGCUAAAGAAGUGAAAGAAAAGCUGGACCCCUAUGCCCAAGAUGUUAGGGCCCGGUUGAUUGCACUUUGGCAAAAUUUCUCCAAGAGUGACUAGAGCUUCUGGCUAGAUCUUCUUCUAUCUUCCACUCCCGGUUGCUAUGGGAUGUACACUCAUACUGUGAUGUUUUCUAUAGGCCAAGAGAGCUGGUUUCUCAAUACUACCUGCAUCACUGGGUAUAUCAUGAACUACCUGAGUCCAGAGGCAUCAGAAGCAUUUUGAAUGUGGGGGGACACACUGGCAUAAUGAAUAAUUAUGAAAUGUGAGGGGGGAAUGUUCCCCUCAGAUUUAAUGGUAGCGACGCCCAUGCCUGAGCCAGACUAGAGACCAUAGACACCCACAGAACAUGAAUACCUCAUCAGUGAAAUUAGUUAAUAAAAAGGUGGAAAAACUGUACGAUUUUGUUAAGAAAACUGUAGUUAAAUAUGUAUACCAAGAUCUAGUGUGCAAUUCAUUUUAACUGAAAUAUAUAUAGUAUCAGUAAAAAGUUUGGACACUCCAAGCCACCUAUAAAGGAGAGUGAAAGAGUGUGGCAUCACAUGACCUGGCCACCUGACCUAAACACAGUACAGAUUUGGAGGACUUUGACCAGAGAGUGAAGGAAAUGUGACGGAGUUCAUUCA